AUAUGGCGCUCUCCAUGAAAAAUUUUUCCCUUCGAGUCAGCCGUCAAAUUCGACGGUAUUUAAAUACAGCAUCAGCAUGCGACAACGGAAAGGGUGUCCGGGUGAGGUUUGCACCGAGCCCCACGGGUUACAUGCACUUAGGUUCUCUAAGAACAGCGUUUUACAAUUACCUGUUUGCUAAGUCAAAUGGUGGUGCAUUUGUUUUGAGGAUAGAAGAUACUGAUCAGACAAGGAUUGUAGAUGGUGCUAUUGAGAAGAUCAUACAGACAUUACAAUGGGCCAAGCUGGAACCAGAUGAAGGUCCUUCUAUUGGUGGAGACUAUGGACCAUACAUCCAGUCACAAAGAAGAGAUCUGUACAGCAAUUGUUUAGAUAAAUUAUUAAAGAAUGGAGCAGCAUACAGGUGUUACUGCACAAAAUUCAGACUGAAUUUAAUCAGAAAAGAUGCCAUACGACGUGGAGAAAUUCCAAAAUAUGACAACAAAUGUCGACAUUUGACAGAUGGAGAAAUUCAAGAGAAGACAGAGGAAAAUGUGCCAUAUGUUGUCAGAUUUAAGUUAAAUUCAGAGGACCAUGAGCCAUUUACGGAUCUUGUUUAUGGACAUUAUGAUGUUAAUGUUGCUAACUAUGAAGGCGAUCCAGUAAUUGUGAAGACUGAUGGAUUGCCAACCUAUCAUUUCGCCAAUGUAGUAGAUGACCAUUUAAUGGGAAUUACUCAUGUCCUGAGGGGUCAGGAAUGGCAGAUUUCAACUCCCAAGCACUUGCUGAUGUACAAGGCAUUUGGCUGGUCCCCUCCUGAGUAUGGUCACCUCCCUCUCAUCAUGAACAGUGAUGGAACCAAACUGUCAAAGAGACAGGGAGAUAUUCAGAUAUCACAUUAUCAGGCUAAAGGAUACAGUCCUGAAGCUUUGUUGAAGUUUGUCACAUUAAUGGGAGGAGGGUACACACAGACAGAUGACCACUCUAUUGAAUAUGACAACAUGGAGGACCUCAUUACAAAGUUUUCCAUAAAGAAUAUGUCCACUCAUUCUGGACAUGUGGAUCAUGAAAAGUUGGAACAAGUGAAUAAAGUUUACCUCCAGAGAGAACUGAGAGAUAACCCUGCCCUAGUUACUGCCCAAACAAUGGAAAUCCUGAUGAAACAUUUGCAAGCAAAAUAUCCAGAUAAGUUUUCAAGUACUCAACUGGACAAAGAAUAUGUUGCCGGUAUUCUGCAGUGGGCUGUGGGAGAAAGCAGAAUUAACAAGAUUACAGAUUUAACAGAACCAGAAUGGGAUUUUUUAUGGAACACACCCUCACAAACUCAGAUACAGGAACUCAGUGAGAAGUAUGACCUUGACCUUUGUGAUAUUUUACAAGACUGUUACAUUGCUGUCAAUCAAAUGUCAGACUUUCAGGAAAACACUCUCAAAAACUCCUUGUCUGUGAUUGCAAAAAAUAGAGGAAUCAAAGUGAAAUUAUUGAUGAACAUCAUACGGGUUUCUCUCUCAGGACUACAGGUAGGGCCCCCUGUUGUUGAAAUGAUGAAAAUACUUGGAAGGACAGUAACUCUUAGUCGUCUUAAAUAUGCAGAAGAGUGUGUAAACAAUUUGCAUUGUGUUGACAUUAAAAUGUAAAUCCAGUUUAA